ACUGCAAACAGCCACUCUUGCGCUGGGAAAAGGGAUUUUCUCUGAAAGCAAAUGUCAACUUUCCAGAGAGAAAAUGACCCAGCAAAAUCCUUACUCAGAAGACUUGAGUCUGCAGUGACUCCCAUCGUCUCCGGGGAGUACAGUCAACACCGGGACCGAGCUGCUAUGGCCUCCCGGAUCUCCUUCACCCAGUUGCGGCUGGAAGCGGAGCUGGAUCGGUACCGGGCUGAGUGCCAGUGGGACAAGAUUCCUCCAAUCGUCGAACACAUGCAGGCUGCACGUAUGCACGAAGAUGAUGAUUAUGGGACACUGCUGUUGGCAGAAGCACUGCUGGAAGAGUCCCUGCAGGAAAAUAUGGACCUGCUAAGGAGUUCCACACCUUUGAUGGACAAAAUGCAACCAAAAUUAUGCCGGGCCAAAAGCUACCUCAACAUCAUCCUAAGCCGAGGCCGUCUCAGUCCCCGAUAUCUGAAUGAGGCUCUACUGCUGAUGGCCAAAGUGCAUUAUGUGCAGGGUUGCCAUCGCGAUGCCCAGGGAAUGUGUGCAAGGGUGGGGCUGGAAGAGCUAACGCAGGACGAUCAACCAACCUACCACCUCCGCCUACUGGCUGAGGCCUUCGUCAUUAAAGGUCUGUCUCUAGACCACCAGGCUCUGUCUUCAGUGUCUCGUAUCCGUCUGCUCGAGAGGGAGGAGGAGAGUCUUUCCUGUUACCUCAAGGCCUGCGAUGCGGCUCUUUCAUAUCUGCAGGAGCUUGAUAAGACCAUUUCAACGCCCCACCCAAAGACCGCCAAAGUCCAUCUGCUUUCUCCACCUGUGGACUUGGACUUGGGCUUCUUCCUACAGGCAGCACUCCAGAGUGCAUACCUGUGUUUGCUGCAGAGAGGUCAUCUAGCGCAAGGUGCCCACCAACUACGUCGUGUGAUGAGAGUGGUGGAGUCACGAGGGUCUCAGGGUUUCAGGAAGGCCGCAGCAAGGAAGCUCGCAGAGGUGCUGCUGAGCUCAGUGAGCGAAGACAGUUACUGGCCCCCUCUGGGGCCACCACCCUCGGCCUGGCUCCGUAGAGAGGGAGCAGCCACCUCCAAAGACGCACUCUACCCCACCGUCAAACCACCACAACGUUACACGACUGACAGUUGCUUCUGUCCCCAGGACGUGGUUGAAGAGGCUGUGUUGCUGCUUCUCAUAACAGAGUCCAUGGCCAGUGGUGAUGCGGUCAUCAGUCGUCUGCCAGAUCAGGCCGAAGCUCUCCAAGCCACCCUGAAAAAUUCGAUUUCUGUCUAUGACCUGCUCGCUAUUGGCAUGGCGAGGAGGAGGCAGUAUAACAUGUUGUCUGAGUGUCUGGAACGAGCAAUGAAGUUUUCUUUCAACGAGUUCCACCUUUGGCACCAGCUGGGCCUGUCGCUCAUGGCGUCCGGGAAGGCAGUUGGUGCUGUGUCUGUGUUCAAAGAAUGUGCCAGGAUGAGACCGGAGGACCCGUUGCUGCCCCUGUUGGCCGCUAAAGUCUGCAUUGGUCAGCUGCACUGGUUCUCCGAAGCGGAGGCUCUGUCCCAAAGCGUGGUCUCAAUGGGAGAGGGAGCCGGGGAAUCUCUUCCUAGGGCCUACCUGGCUUUGGGGCUCUCCUACAGUCUGCAGGCUUCUGAUGCCUCGUUGAAAGAAGAUCGCGACGAAUACAACAAAAAAGCUCUACGAAUUCUGAGGAAGGCUCAUUCAUUAGACCCACAGGACGCUCACAUUGCCAUGUGCUUGGCUCUGCAAUUGGCUCUUGUACGGCAGGUAUCCGCAGCCAUGGAACCAUUGCAGGAGGCUUUAUCUCUCCAAGGAGAUGACUUGCACUCCCUCCAUUUGCUGAGCCUUCUCCUCAGUGCUCAGAAACACCACCGCCAUGCCCUGGACACCUUGGGACUGGCCCUCAGCCAACACCCUGACAACUUCAAUUUGCUGUUCACAAAGGCUAAGCUUGAAGAAGUCCUGUAUGGUCCAUCUGUGGCCUUAAAAACCUGCCAAGAAAUGCUACAAAUCUGGCAAAGGCGCUAUGAUGUCAGCCGCUCAAAUGAAGCAGAUGACAGUAGCAGCAUAAGAGUGGUUGAGAGGCUGGACGCCGGCCCUCGAGUCAGUAAAACAUCCAUCCACCUCACUCUGCCUGAUUUCCAAGAUACCUCCACUGGUUCAAUGAGUCCAUCGUCGGUUGCAGCAUCCCGUCUUGAAGCGGCUCUCUCAGAAGUGUCGGACAUCAGCUCCACGCAUCGCCAGGGACCCACAUAUAUCUGGACUACUCUUGAACGUAUUUGGCUGCAAGCUGGGGAACUGUUCAUGGAGGAUGGCCGACUGAAAGAGGGCCAGUUUUGCAUCGCCGAGGCGAGCUCACUCUUCCCCAACUCACACUCAGUGUUGCUGCAGAGGGGUCACCUAGCCGAGCUGCGGGGUCAACUGGAUGAAGCUAAAAACCUCUACGAUGAAGCUUUGGCCAUCCACCCUACUGGGGAGCGAAUACUGGUGCACAUGGGUCGGCUGCUUGUGAAGACGGGGCGUGCAAACCUCGGGGAGAAGGUCCUACGUGAUGCCGUUCAAAUCCACAACACGUCCCACAAAGCGUGGAGUGGACUGGGAGAGGCUCUGCAUUCUCUGGGAUCCACUCAGGCCCCCGACUGCUUCCUCACAGCUCUGGAGCUGGAAGCUUCCUGUCCCAUCCGACCUUUCACGAUCAUCCCCAGGGAGCUAUGAGGAGUCUGGAUUGUAGCUGUGGGUCAACAAACUGACUGACAGAUUCGACACUGGUGCACACAUAGUCGUAUGGGUCUCAUAAGCAUCAGGGAUGUUGUUUACGUGGUAAAACCGAAACACUGACACAAAAACUAGCCCAUGUUUGUAUUCAUUGUUAGUUAUUUUAAGUGAGCCCUAAAGAGUGAUUUAGUUUUACAGCACAGCAUGUAUUGACAUUUUCUUAAAAAUUGUAAACAUGUGCAUGAAGGAGGUUUGUCUCUCAAUUAAAAGAAUGA